AUGGCUGCAGGCAUCGCAAGCACCAAGGCCUCUCAGACCCUCUUAUCUUUGGCGGCAGCUUUUCCCCUGUUGGUAUGUGUUCGUGACACUACGUUCUCGCUCUGCAGAGUCCAUGGAUCGUCCAUGGAACCCAAUCUAAAGCAUGGCGAUAUCUUGGUGAUACGAAAGGCAGAUUUCCCUCUACUUCGUCGACAGAAAGGCAACGUCGAUGAGAGUCUGCUGGAGGAUAUACAUGGAGAGGAUGACGAAACGAAAACUCGGCGAGUCCGAGAAUACGAAUUCCAGCAUUUCAUGGCCAAGGAAGAUGCUACAGUCUGGGCUCGAUGGCCACCUUGGCCAUUGCGAGGUCAAAUAGUAACAUACCGAUCACCAGAUGUGUAUCCACCCCAUUUAGUCAUCAAGAGGGUAGUGGGUGUGGCGGGGCAAGUUGUUGAGACUGCGAACGGCAUCAAAGAUGUAGAUAUGAAUUCUGUUUGGGUAGAAGGCGACAAUGCAAAAAUGUCUACUGAUAGCCGUGAUCAUGGUGCUGUCAACCAAAAGCUGAUAGUUGGCGUGGCAGAGUAUUGCGUAUGGCCUCCCUCUCGGAUACGAAAGAUUUUGAGGAAAUCAGAUGACAAACGCGCCUACUGGAUGUAG